AUGGAGUUCAGUUUAGACGUUAUAGUAAAAAAGCAUUGGUACGAAACCCGGAUAAUUAUUGACGCCAUGGUGUUACCUUGUUUAUGCAUAGUAAUGGUGCUUGUGCUAACCUAUCUCAUCAGUACGACAAUCAAACCGAAAAAUUAUCCCCCAGGGCCUAAAUGGUAUCCAUUAUUCGGCUGUAACAACCUUUUAAACGCUAGAACAACCAAAAGUACAUCACAAUGGAAAGUUAUAUCAGAUCUGGCGAAGGAAUAUUCCACAAAUGUGCUAGGACUAAAAAUGGGAAACGAGAGAGUCGUGGUUGUGUACGGAGAAAAUAACAUACGACAAGUUAGCUUCGACAAGGAGUUUGACUCUCGCCCUGAUAGCUUCUUUUUAAGGUUGAGGUGUUUUGGAAAGAGAAUUGGAAUAACAUUUGUUGAUGGAAAACUAUGGAGGGAACACAGGCACUUCGCAUUUAAAGCUUUGAAAAACGAAGGUUAUGGAAAACAGUUUAUGCACGAAGAAAUAAAAAAAGCAUUAAGAAAUAUUACAAAUUACAUAGACAAUAGCGACGGAGUUCCACGUGAGUAUAUAAAAGAACAACGAAUUCAGAGAAUAAUAGACCUAAUGAGCGCCAGAUCAAAAGCCUUCACAAUGGCCGGAGGAUGGCUUAACCAGUGGCCAUGGUUACGGUUCAUUGCACCAGAUUGGACUGGGUACUCCAUCAUCCAGAAGAUGAAUAAAGAAUUGUCUGAUAUUAUUGAAGAAACCAUUAAUAAACACAAACAAGAAUUAGUAAAAGGAAACGAUUUCAUUUACACAUUUUUGGACGAAGUGUAUAAACAAAAACAAACAUUCACAGAGGACCAGUUGAAAGGUAUAUGCUUAGAUUUCCUGAUUGCCUCAACACAAACUACGGGCAAUUCUUUCGGUUUUAUGAUGUUAGCAUUGAUUCGUAAUCCAGCCAUGCAAGAGAAAGUUUAUCAAGAGAUUAUUACGACUUUCGGCGAAGAAGACCCUGCUUUUUCGGAUAUUGGACGUCUCGUCUACACUAACGCCUUUUUCGCUGAGACCCAAAGGUACCACACAGUGGCACUUUUUUCUGGUGCUAGACGGACAGUAAGUGACGUCAUUGUGGACGGUUACACAAUUCCUAUAAACACAACUGUUCUCGUGUCACUCGGGGAUUUGCAUUCAGACCCGAAACACUGGGACGAACCAAAUAUAUUCAAUCCUGAAAGAUUUAUCGACGAAAAUGGCAAACUGAAGAUGUCGCCAUACUCACAUCCGUUUGGUUUGGGUCGUCGUAGAUGUCCCGGAGAACCACUGUCCAGACCAUUCCUAUUAACCGCCUUGGUGACUAUUGUGAAGAGAUAUAGAAUUGAAAGCAGCAACGGAGAACUUCCCUCUGAAGAACCGAUUGUCGGCAUACUGGCAGAGCCGCGACCCUUUAUAGCACGAUGUAUUAAAAGAAAAUGAAGUUAUUUUCGAAUUUAUCGGCUCCUUAAUAAUAGUUUUAAAAAUUGGUUA